GGAUCCUCCCAAACCAGAAGUAAACCCGGGCGGUAUUUUUACUUUUAAUCCGCGAGUUUCAACUGUCAGGUAAUGCUUUCCUACCUGUCAUGCCACGGUUGUCGAACCAACCAGUAGCAGUGAGACCAACAUUUCGCCUUACAGACGUUAAUCAGGACGCAACAUACCCGUGUAACCGUGGAUGUAACACUUGCAGGUUUAGAAUCUUCGACCUACACUGUCGCUGUGGUGCUGAACAAAUAUUAGCUGUCUUCAUUCAGGAAAGUUGGGGUCAGGCGAACGUAACCAGCAUGCUGGCACCGCAGGCGGAUCGGGUCAUGGCACUUGCAGAAUGGGAGGAACGCUGGCAGGAGGACAGAAUUGGUUUCCAUCAGCCUCAUGUACACACGAUGCUGGAGAACAACAUUGAUAAAGUUAUAGCCGGACGGGCAGAAGUUCGCUUCUUCUUCCCUCUCUGUGGGAAAGCUGUAGAUAUGAAGUGGCUAGCAGACAUGGGCCAUUCAGUGGUGGGGGUGGAGAUAUCUGAAAAGGCUAUAAAACAGUUCUUUGAGGAGAACAACAUGACCUACAACGAGGAGCCUGUCCCUGCCAUACCUGGAGCAAAGGUCUUCAAGAGCUCAGAGAGAAAUAUCUCCCUAUAUCAGAGUGACCUUUACAACUUCUCCAGUUCCAUUGAGGGUCAGUUUGGGGCAAUUUGGGACAGAGGAUCUCUAGUGGCCAUCAACCCAAGAGACAGAGAAAAGUAUGCUGCUCUCAUCAUUUCUCUCAUGGCCAAAGACUGCAGAUACCUUUUGGACACUUUGUUGUACAAUCCUGAAUUAUAUAACGGUCCUCCAUUUUUGGUGCCCGAUGAGCAAGUAAACAGCCUGUUUGGGAACAGCUGUGAUAUAGAACUGCUGCUGUCGCUGGAUGCCCUGACAGAAAGACAGCGAGGCUGGGGGCUGGACUACCUGACUGAAAACGUACACCUCAUCACUCCAAAGAGCAUUUAAAAACUUGCAAGUUUAGAGAGCUUAAAAAAGCAGAUCUUGGGCAUUUUAUUGCAAAGCCAUCUCGUAGGCAUUUUGAAGGGAAAUUAAAGUGCUUGGAAAGAAAAUGUGAACCGUUUUAAACUCAUGAUUUUGCAUUAGGCCUCUUAGGACUGUAGUUUUGAAUGAAAAAUAAAACGUAUUUUGUCACAAGA